AUGAGGUCGAUGUUCGCGUCGCUCGACCGCGACGGCGACGGGUUCCUCAGCCUCGAGGAGGUGCGCGAAGGCCUCGCGAAGCGCGGGAUCGCGGUCUCCACCGCGCAUCUCGAGAAGCUCUUCGCCGCGAUGGAUGCGAACGCGGACGCGAGAGUCAGCGCGACCGAGUUCGACGCGUUCUGCGAGGAACGCCGCGGGGCGAUCCGCCGCGCGUUCGUCUCCGUCGACCGCGACGAAAACGGCGAGGUCGACUCCGAGGAACUCCGCUGCGGCGUCGAGCGCGCGGGGCUGAAAAUCAGCGACGCGCAGCUCCGGGACGUGUUCGAGAAGCUCGACAAAGACAAGAGCGGGACGCUCUCCGAGAAGGAGUUCGAAGAGGCGCUGAUGCUGCUUCCGAAGGGCGCGAACCCGGCGGCGGUGUUCGACGCGUUUCUUCGCGCGUCCUUCGUCGACGACGCGGAGUCGCACUGCAGCGCGUGCAAAGACCUCCCGCCCAGAGGGGGCGGGUCGCUCGCGUGGGCGGUCGCGAUGAAGAUGGCGAGCGGCGGGGUCGCCGGCGCGGUGAGCCGGACCGCGACCGCGCCGAUCGAUCGCGUGAAGACGAUACUUCAGACGGGGAGGCGACGGGUGACGAUUGGUAUCGCCGCGCGCGCCGUCUACGCGGAGGGCGGCGUUCGCGCGUUUUUCCGCGGCAACGGCGCCAACGUCCUGAAGGUCGUCCCGGAGACCGCGGUCAAGUUCGCCGCGUUCGACCUCCUCAAGCGCACGAUCGCGACAGACCCCGGGAACGUCACGAUCGCGGAGCGGUUCGCCGCGGGCGGGCUCGCGGGCGUCGCGUCGCAGGCGCUCGUGUACCCUCUGGAGGUUAUCAAAACCCGUCUCGCGGUGACGCCCCCCGGGUCGGCCGGCGGCGACGGCAUCGCCGCGAUGGCGUCGCACGUCGUCGCGCGCGAGGGCGCGCGCGGAUUGUUCCGAGGCCUCGCCCCGAGCGUGGUGGGCAUAUUUCCGUACGCCGGGAUCGACCUCAUGGCGAACAGCAUCCUCAAAGACGCGCUCGCGCGGCGGUGCGAGGGCGCGGGGAAAGAACCCGGGGUGGUCCAACUCCUCGGCUGCGGCAUGGCGUCGAGCACGACCGCGAUGCUGUGCACGUACCCGCUGAACUUGAUCCGCACCAAGUUGCAGACGUCGGGGAUGGAGGGCGCGGUGAAGUACGCGGGACCGGUGGAUUGUUUCAGGCGGGUCGUCGCGAAGGACGGGCUGGGGGGGCUGUACCGCGGCGUCGCGCCAAACCUCGCCAAGGUUUUACCGGCGACGAGCGUGUCGUACGCGGUGUACGACGUCUUGAGUCGCAACGCGAGCGACAACUAA